AGGGAAUUCUGGGAGUUGAAGUCCACACAUCUUAAAGUCGCUGAGGUUGAGAAACGUUGGAUAGGACUCGAAGGCUGGGUCCUAACGAUAAGCCCUCCGAAAGAAGAAGCUGUCUUCAACAGUGCCUGCCCUUCUGAUUAACUUCGUCCGAUUUGCUGCGCUGGAAAGCCGAGCUCAGACUUUACACGCUCAAAUUUUGGAUCCGGAAGAAGGUGUCUGUCCGCACGAAGCACGGGAGCUGCCCGGGAUCUUUGCAAACAUGGCGGCCGCUGUAGUUGUUGCGGCCCAGAGAGUCUGCAAUGCCGGCGUCCUCAAGACCGCAUGCAGAGGUUAUGCUUUGAUUUCAAGGCAUGGAAUCAGUUGCCAGUAUGCUGCCUUGGCAUGGACUUUACAGACACAUUGCAACAUUUCUGCAUCAUAUAAUGUGACAGUGCAACAGAGAAGGCAGAGAAGCUUUUUCAACAAAUUGACAGCCAGCCAACUUUGGAAAGGAGUUGCAGCAGAGAAUACUGCCGGUGGAAGGAAAGGGCGAGGCAAGCGAGGCAAGAAAAGAAGAACGAGGGAUCUCAAUAGAGGCCAGAUCCUUGGCGAAGGAUCUUUCGGUUUCCUUUGGCCUGGCCUCAAUGCUCCAUUGGUGGUAUCUGGAAAAGUUCAAGCCAUUAGUCAGAGAGAUGAAGAAGAGCAGAAGACACUGCAGUUAGCAAAAGCUGAGGAACAAAUAAAAAUCGACCAAAAAAGGAAAAUGAGGAUUAAGAAGGAAAGAGGUUGGACUGGACGAUCCUGGGGAGGUGUCAGUUUAGGAUCUCCUGAUCCUGGUCCCAAUGGAGAAACAUAUGACGAUUUUGAUAGCAGAAUAAUUGAGGUAAGUGUUUUUUUUAUUACAAAUGCAAACUUACAA